AUCGGAUUAGCUAGAUCCUAGGGACUCAAUUCUGAUUGAAUCAUGUCUCUCACUAUAUUCAUGCGUCGAGGAGUCCGGCCGGGGCAGUUCGGAGUCUCGGAGCCUCGGAGGACCCUGGAAUUUGCCCCGCCCCCACGUUUCACGGAAGACCCGACAUCUGUGGACGGAUAGUACUAAAUCUCUGCCCCGCCGGGAUACACUACACAGUACACUCUCCGUUACCGUCCCGCCCCGCGCAACGGUACGAACGAACCUUUUUCAGGUUCCAGAACUUUGGUUCAUUCUACAUUGGAAAGUUCACUACUAGUACACUCCAGUCGCUUCUCAAUCUCACCCGCUCCCCCCUCAGAGGAUUUACCGUAAAAAUGGCCCCCCACCCGGAACCUCUCACUGUCAAAGUCGGCACGCGCCGGUCCGCCCUGGCGCUGCGCCAGACAGACCAAGUCAUUGACGCGCUCAAGCAAGCCCACCCGCACAUCACUUUCGAGGUCCACGCCAUGGCGACGAUGGGCGACCGCGACAAGACCACCCCGCUGCCCGCGCUGGGCAAGGGUCUCUGGACCUCGGAGCUCGAAGCCAAGCUGGUUUCGCGCGAGCUAGAUAUGGUCGUGCACUCACUCAAAGACAUGCCCACCACCCUGCCGCCGGGCUGCGUGCUCGGGUGUGUGACCGGGCGGGAAGACCGACGGGACGUGCUGGUCUUCAGCAAGCGGCACGAGGAGGAAGGGCGGUGCAAGACGCUGGGGGACCUGCCGGAGGGCGCGGUGGUGGGGACGAGCAGUGUGCGCCGCGCGGCGCAGCUCAAGAGGCGGUACCCGGGCCUGGUGUUCCGGGAUGUGAGGGGGAAUAUCGAGACUCGGCUGAGAAAGUGCGAUGAGGAAGGGUACGACGCGAUUAUCCUGGCGGCGGCCGGGUUGUUGAGGUUAGAUUAUGGCAAGAGGAUCGCGCAGUUUUUGGACUCCAGCACCGAGGGCGGCGGAUUGCUCCAUGCGGUGGGCCAGGGCGCUCUCGGGUUGGAGGUGCGGGAGGAUGAUGAGAGGCUGAAGGACUUGUUAAGGGUAGUGGAAGAUACGCCCACGAUGCUGGCGUGUUUCGCGGAGCGGAGCGUUAUGAGGACAUUGGAGGGAGGAUGUAGUGUUCCGAUCGGCGUGGAGACGUCGUGGGUGGAGGCGAAGGAGGAGGCUGGAGGAGCGAAGAAGACAUUGAGGUUGAGGGCCACGGUCGUGAGCUUGGAUGGGAGCGAGGCCGUCGAUGGCGAGAAGACGCAAGAAAUCACCAGCCUGGCACAAGCGGAGACGAUGGGCAAGGAGCUAGCAGAGAAGCUGGCCGGGAUGGGAGCCCAGAAGAUCUUGGACGAUAUCAACAAGGGCCGGGCGUUAGGGACCGCGCUCAAGGUUAGCGACGCCUGAGAGGGUAUGGUAGUGGCACUACCUUAGCCGUGUCGCGAUGGCUUCGCUUGCGUACCUAGAUAUCUCCUCAUCUGCAAUGCUCUCAACUAGAUUUCUUUUUCCUAAAGAAGCGUUGAGAUCUUCCUCUUCUAGGGAAUGGGUUAAGUCUCUGCCCAAUCACCCGCCUAAUGAGCGCCUGUUCGAAUUCGAAUACGCAAGACCAAACACCGGUUGCCCCAUAUGGCCCGUUAUGGUACAAUCCCAGGCCCGUGUAUCUAUCAGGUUGAACUGUCCGAAAAAUGCCGAUGUUCCUCGCAGCUUGCCUGAGUCCUCCGCCCUUGAUAGCGUCCCGUCGCCUUAAUGCUCGCCUUCCGCCGCAGUGAACUCCUCAUACGCGGUGGAGUCCAUCAAAUUGUCAAAGUCCUUCAGACCCUGCUCGGUAACCUGCACCUUUGCGAUCCAGCCGCCAC